ACGUCUACACCUUCCAGUUUAACAUAUUUAUUUUGCUAUUUUUAAAUAAGUUUAAAAAAAUGUUUAAUAACAGUUACAGAGGCAAGUAAAUGAGAUAUUGACACGGAAAAGAAACUAUCGAAAAAAACAUCCUUGAAAUUAUUUACUUACGCAUCAAAGGACGAGUUUGCUAACCUAACCAAGGCACUGAACUGUCAAAGUUCUCCGGAUUUGCACAAAACUUUUAAGACAUAUUUUUUAAAUGUUUAAUUACACGUUCGAUUAAAGCAAAACGUGGUAAAUUGCGUUUUUACUUGAACCUUUUGAUUUUUGCUUAUAACUACUCGAAUUUCAUCAUCGAGCUGUCAAUCGCAAUCAUUUUCCUACUGGGCUUUCUAACCUAACUUUGGAUAAGCAUUACACUUUUCUAUACUUUGGAUUCAAUCAAUAAUAUCAAUUAGAUAAAAGUCCGAAAUAUUUAGUCUGUACGAACUACAUUGUAAGCGGUCAUGACCGAUUCGAAGAGUGAUUGUUGGACGAUGAAAUUAGACGAUGAAACUGGCAAAUCAAUGACACUCCAUUUAUUCAAGGACGUAGAAAACACACCUGUAAUAUUAAAGAAGUUACAUGCCAAUGAGCUUCCGUGUUGCAUUCUGAAAGCCGCGCUCAUAGCUGAUCCUUUUCAAGUAGCAGUAGCAGCAAAUAAGGCUGCAGUGGCAGAAAAAUUAACAGGAUUGACAACAAAGACAUUAUACACUGAAAUCCUAUUCAACCUCUCACCGUCAAAGAACAUUAGUCAGUCUUUACAAAAGUUCGGCAUCGACGAUAAGGAAACUAAUGUUAUUGUAGCGACGAUCCAUGAUGGCUCAGAGAAUCCUGAGCUGGCGCAGAUUUUAAACGAAAUAAAAGGAAGCAGGCUCCCUAUCUCGAAGCUGAACGCAUUUACGGACAUACAACUGAUUAAAAAGACGUAUAAACUAGACGACUCCGAGCUGGAAGUUUCCAAUAUCAUGGAUUCCAUCGUGAGCAGGAUAAGCACCAAGGAUUUCUCGUCUUAUAAAUAGCAUCACGAUGAUAAAUACAAUUCGGCGAAGAAAGCUCUGUACUUCUUUCGAACAGGAGAUUUAUUAAAUGUGUCGAAUCGUCGUACCAUA